AUGUCUUACAAACCAAAAGUCGCUGUUUUCGGUAUCAAUGGCUCCUUAGGUAGCGUUACUAUCAAUGCCUUGACCUCAGCUCCAUUUGCUGACAAGAUUGCACUUCCAGUUAUUGCCAUCACCAGAGACAACUCCAAGGAAACCGACACUGAUCUAGUUGUUUAUAAACAAGCAGAGGUCAAGCCAGAUGCUCCAGCCAAAGAAUUGACCGAUAUCUUGAAGGGAGUUGACGUUUUGCUCAAUGUUGGAAGCGUUGCAAAUUCCAAUGACAGAACUUUGGAUGCCAUUCUCAAAGCUGGCACAAUCAAAUUAUAUGUUCCCUCUCAGUUUGGAUUGGAUUUAGUUGCUACUCAAAGUUAUUUUCCUAAUUUUUUGUCUAUCAAAACUGACCACACCAACAAGGCAAGAAGCUUGGGUAUCAAAACUGUUGAUGUCAUUACCUCACUAUUUGCUCAGUCAGGCAAAUUUUUGUACGAAUGGAUUGGUUCUGCUGGUUACAAUCCUGCUACUCAAACUGCUACUUUCAUUGGAGAUCCAAACCUCAAAUCUGCCAUUUCCAAAUUGGAAGACAUUGGUAAAGCGCUUGCAUCACUAUCAAUCAAGGACCCUCAAACAAUCCCAGACACAGUCAGAAUCUAUUCUGAUUUGGCCUCUCAAGAAGAUAUUGUAAAGAGAUAUGAAGAAACCCACAAUGUCACAAUCAAACGUGAAGGUAUUUCAAAAGAAGAAGGUUUGAAGAAAGCACAAGCCUUGUUAGCCAAAGGUUUUAAUUUUAAUGACUUUUUCUUAUAUUUACAAGUCGCUGCUUCUCAAGGUGUAGAUAAAGGAUUAUUGUUUUCAUCGGACGACAGAGAGUUUGUCAAUCCAAAUGAAUCACUAUUCAAAUGGGGAAAAUUUUAA